AGCAUUAAAAAUCAGAUUUAAACCAGAAGAUAAAGGGAAAAAAAAAACUCCUCGAGAUUGGAGAAGACGAAGAAGAGAGAAAAAGAGUCAGUCCAUAGACUUUUGUUACCAAUUUUUUGAGAUGGUCAAUCCUAUCGGCAAUGGCGAUGGUUCAUGGAACCUUCUGCUUCCUUAUUUAAACAAACUCCAUCUCUGCUGCCAUUACCCCUUUCUUCUUCUUCUUCCACAGCCUCACAUUCCCAUUUCACUGCUUUCUUCGGAUCACCCAUGGCCUUGGACGGCUCUACCGCCGAAGCAAAGCUAGCAAAUGCCAAAGCUCUGCUUACUGCCGCCGCCUCCUUCGCCGCCACCGUCGUCCUCGCUCGCUCCGUCGCCCAAGACCUCCUACCGCCGCAACUCCGAGAAUAUUUCUACGAUGGCUUUCGCAGCAUCUUCACCCGCUUCUCCUCCCAACUCACCAUGGUCGUCGAAGAGAUGGACGGCCUCGGCCCCAACGGAAUCUACGAAGCCGCCGAGACCUAUUUAGCCACUAAAGUCUCCCCCUCCACUCACAGACUCAAAGUCAGCAAGCCCGAGAAGGAAGAUAACAUCACCACCACCAUCGAAUCCGACCAGGAAGUAAUCGACACCUUCAAUGGCGUCAAAUUGCAGUGGUUCCUCGUCUGUAACCAAAUCCAGAGGGAGAAUUUCCACAACCCUCGAUCGCCCUACACAUCCGUGGUCCGAUCUUUCGAGCUCUGUUUUCACAAGAAACACAGGGAAAUGGUCCUCAAAUCUUAUUUGCCCUAUGUUCUGCAGCAAGCCAAAGAGUUGAAGCAGCAGGCUAAAACCUUGAAGAUUUUCGCCGUCGAUUACCAGAAUAUAUACGGCAGCAUCUCGGAUUUGUGGAUUCCGACGAAUCUGGAUCACCCUGCCACGUUCAAUAAGCUUGCGAUGGACUCUGAAAUCAAGGAUUUCAUUCUGAGGGAUCUUGAGCGCUUCGUGAAGAGGAAGGAGUUUUACAGGAAGGUGGGAAAGGCCUGGAAGAGAGGGUAUCUGCUGUACGGUCCACCAGGAACCGGGAAAUCGAGCUUAAUCGCGGCAAUGGCCAAUUACUUGAAAUUCGAUGUGUAUGAUUUGGAGUUAACGGAGCUCGACUGUAAUUCGGAUCUGAGGAAAUUGCUCAUGGGAAUUGCGAAUCGCUCGAUUCUAGUGGUGGAGGAUAUUGAUUGCUCGAUCCAGUUUCAAGAUCGAGCAUCGGAAGCCAAAGAAGAAGAAUCAUCGUCUUCUUCAAGAAGAAGAGCGGUGACGUUAUCGGGUAUGUUGAAUUUCAUCGACGGGCUGUGGUCGAGCUGCGGCGACGAGAGGAUAAUCAUAUUCACGACGAAUCAUAAAGAGAAGCUGGAUCCGGCGUUGCUCCGACCGGGAAGAAUGGACGUUCAUGUUCACAUGUCGUAUUGCAGCCCUUGUGGAUUCAGGGUUUUGGCGUCAAAUUACCUCGGGAUUGAGAACCACAAAUUGUUUCCUGAGAUCGAGGAAUCGAUUCUGACCACAAAAGUAACUCCGGCGGAGGUGGCCGAGCAGCUGCUGAAGGGCGAUGAGAUUGACAGUGCUCUGCGGGAGUUGAUCGAAUUUCUGAAAUCUAAAAAGAUCGAAAACGAAGAAGCCGAGGCCAAAAUCCGUGAAGCUGAACUGGAGGCUCGUGAGAAGGAGGAGGAGAAGAAGAAGGCGGAAAAGAAAGGGGAAGAAAACGGUACGGUGGCCUGAAGAUUGGAGUAAUCAACAUAUCAAAAUCCUUGAAUUGAAGUGAACUCCGCCAUUGUUGAUCCAUUCAACAGUUCGGAAUGGGCCGGCGUUUUAGGGCCCAUUUAUGAUUUAUCUCAAAGGAUGAACCAUUUCUUUGAUCCUUGACCACGAUGAUGACGAAGACUACUUUUACUAAUUUACCCCUCAUCCAUAUUGAAUUUAACGUUUUCAUUUUUUUAAAAUAAAAUAUUACAAUUACGGUGGCGGGAUUUGACAUUCCAAGGACUUGUAUUAUUCAUACUACGCAAGGCUAAUAACACUCUUUGGUUUGUUUGGAUAUUUC